UUCCUUGUUAUGGUCAGUGUUAUAGAUAGAGGAUCAUCAACACAUGUAGCACCAGGGCGUAGGCCUACCUACUUAGCGAGCCGCUAUUUUGAAAAAGAAUCAAGGUCUAAAGAUGGAGUCACGUCAAGUUUCUUUGAUUAUUGUGAUAUCUCCUCUACUACUAAUGAACUGGGGAAGCCUCGCAGAACCAGCAACACUACCCACAAACAUGUUACUGGAUAAAGAAAGUCUACAAGGACCCCUGUCCGGCUCAUCAGGUUGGAAGGGUGCAGGCCCCCCUCCGAAGCAACCUAGACAAACUUUGUCUCACAAUCCAUCAGGCGCUUAUGAGGCUAAGCUGACCAAUGAAAUGGAGUCCUCCGAGGACUCUUCCAACCUGAAGUGGGUCUCCAUUAAAGACAAACAAAUUCCCAGUGAUGCAGUCAGCAUAUUUAACGACUACACGUCUCGAAAAGACUUUGUCUGCAGGGCUAAUGACUACUGUACAUUCGGCUUCCUCAAUGAAGGAAGAGGAUCCCUUUGUUUUUUUCCAUUCCGUGGGUAUGAACUUCACACCGACCAUUUUGAAGUGCUGGUGAAUACUGACAACUUUGAGCGGCUGGAGUGGAUGUCUGGCUCAAAAGUGCCUGACCCUGGCAUAAAGUUCUGUCAGGAUAACUUUGUUGGAAAAAACGAGUAUGGCCUGGGGGAUAUUUUUAAAGGGUACUUCUAUCUUCCCUGGGAAGGGAAAGAAAUCUGGUACAGUUCUUACGAUGUGCUGAGCGUCAACCGGGACAUUUUCGAUGUGCAUUACUCAGAUGUGACGUAUAAUGUCGACCUGGUCAACAGAACACGCCAUCCCCCAUACACCAUCAAGACAUUUCGCGUUGAAAACCGUGAUUCCCGGGAGGUGACCGAGACGGUCCACAUGGAGGUGACCACAGUGAAAGCCAACUCGUGGGAAAGCACUUUCUCCUCGUCCCUCGCUCAGUCCACGUCCAUCUCUGCAGGCAUCCCGGAUUUCGGAAGCGCCAGCAUCAGUAUCGGCGCCGUGGUGACUCUGACGCUGUCAGAGGGCCACCUGGAGAGCGAGGCCAUAACGCAGCGGCAGGAUGUGCAGGUCAUGGUGCCCCCAGGCUACUACUGUGAGGUACGGAUGGAGGGGUAUAAGGUGGAGGCCAGCAUGCCCUAUGGAGGACACGUCACCAAAACAUACAAAGAUGGCAAAAAGAUGAGCACUACUGUCACCGGCGUCUACAGAGGAGCGCAAACAAGCGGGAUCGACUCUAGGGUGGACCCCUGCCAGCCACUAACCACACCAGCUCCAGCACUCAAAUUAAGAGUUGGUUCUGCUGCCACCCCUUGGCUUGUGUGUUUGUGUUUUGUAUGUGGUGUUGUUAUAUUGUUGUCAGUGUUGGUGUUUGGUGUGCUCUGCACUCGCAGGCAGCAGUAUUUCAAACUGAGGGAAGAAGCAAUUUGAAUUUGGUAUCCAGGGUAACGGAUUACAUGUAAUCUAGAUUACGUAAUCAGAUUACAAAAAUCAAGUAACUAUAAUCAGCCCAGAUUACAAUAAAAAAAUUGUGUAAUCAGAUUACAGUUACAUUGUUGGGGA